AUGGACGAGGAGGCAGCAAAACCCACCGCAAAUCAGCAGSGUCAAUACUAUUACGGAACUUUUCAAGGCGUUGCGAAUUAUCAUCCUCCGGCUCRGCCACCGCAAUUGCAACCGGUGUUGCAGCAACCGCAGUAUCCGAUUGCGACGAAUCCCUUGUUAGGACAUGGCUAUCAGAAUGUCCAAGGUUUUUGUAAUCUCUCUCUCUCUAAUUUUGGAUGGUUACUAUAUGAUUUUUUGUGUGGGUCUGUUGUUGUUUUGUGA